AUGAAAUCCCUCUCUCAGACGACUAGACCAUACACUAGCACCCCUCAUUCCGGACCAAAACACUUCCUCCCUACCUUACUCAAAAUUGACGACGACAGGGACCAAUCAGCACCCCUCCUCCCUAACCCAACAUCAUCAUCAUCAUCAUCAUCAUCAUCCUUCCCCCUCAACACACCAAUCCACACCCUUUGUAAACUACAUGAACCAUCGCCACCCAUGGGCCUUGUGACCAUGCAGGAGUUCCGUGUCACCCACACUCCCGCUGCCAUCCCCAGAGUUGACAACAGUGAUCCAUCUAGCUCCAUAAAUGCUCCACAAAACUCCACAGCUGACAAAAUUAUGGGAACACAGACCCCCCUGCGAAUACUGAAUGCGGAAGAGGAGGUCAUUUUUGCGCACCUAGCGCUAGCAGAAACCAACAGAACUAUUAUGAGCCGUGAUGGCCCAAACCACAGAACAAUCCUUCCACAGUUCACUCCCAUCCCAGUUGGCGAUUUCCCGAUAGUUCACAUGUCACACUGUGCCCAAAUAUUCGACCACCUUGACCGCAAACUUCUUCUUGCAUGGUUCCAAGUCGAACACCCGAAAUUCAUGGUCCGUGUCUUUGACCACUCCGGUAAAGAUGUUGUUGAAAGGGGCGAAAUCAUUGCAGAUCGUAUUCGAGCCAACAUUGACAUCGUAGCAGACUUCGUCCAUCAAGACGUCCACCCCGGACUGGUAUUCCCCCCCAAACCACAUGGCGGCAGGGGAUCCAAAAACCUACCUGUUGGCUUCUUAGUCCACAACGUAUCCGAAGAAACAAAGGACGUAAUCCUGAAGCAACGCAUAUGGUCUGCCGCGGAUAUUACCUUCGAAGCUCUACCAUUUAACUGCUCCCACCCUCCUGAACUCCUCUUCUGCCUAUCAGGCUUCACCAUAUCUGAUGUGGAGACCGUCCGAAAGACGGUCGAAGACGUCUGGUCCGAGGACGAGAACAGGUACAGCAUCAACGACUUAUUUUCAAUGAGUGAGAUACAGGAAGAGACGCUCAUCUAUAAGGCUACGCGUGAUCUAAUCAGGUCCAUACGUGUCGAAAUACUCGACUUCAAGGUCUCGGGUGGCGUCUCAGUGCCCCGCUUCUAUAUCUUCGCGAUCAGUCCAUCAUGUAACGCCAAGACAUGGGCAGACCUGAGAAAAUUUCUACAUUCUCUUGACUAUCCAACGGGCAUUUACGGCUGCGGAGUCGCGGUGGCCCUUUAUCCCUGCCAAAUCUGCCACUCCUUCGCUCAUCCUCGUAUCAUGUGCCCCUUCCCCAACGUGCCACUCUGGAAUGGCCCCGAAUAUGGCAAUAGGAACGUCGCUACUUCAUCCCGCCCGACUGGAAGACAGACACGCCCUUAA